AUGAAAUCCAAAGUAAUGAACAGCGAUAAUUGGGAAGGAAACUGGCCUAAACAGCAAUCACAAGCUAGAAAAACAGUACGUCGAAAUAACAAAAAAACUGAGAAAUCAGGCUUAAAAUUGUCAAAGCCAUCUAGAGGAUCUACACCUAGAGAAAGGACUUUAAGAAGAUUAGAAAGUAAUGAAAGAGAAAGAAUGAGAAUGCACAGCUUAAAUGAUGCUUUUCAGUCUUUACGUGAAGUAAUUCCACAUGUAAGCAAGAAAAGACAACUAUCGAAAAUUGAAACCUUAACUUUAGCAAAGAAUUACAUAGUUGCCCUCACAGAUGCCAUAUGUGCAAUGAGAACUGAAGAAAAAACAAUGGAUCAACAACAUGAAGUUUUGGAAUCUCAAGAAUCAUCAAAUAAUAUGAAUAUUUGCCUCAAUAUGAAUAUACCAAUUCCUUCAAAGUCCUGUAGUUAGGGAAGUUUUAAUUUAUAUCUAGAAGAUCUUAAUAAUAUAUUACAAUUCUAAAAAAAAGAAUGUG